GUUAAAGCCCGAAUAAAAGCUUAAGUAUCUUUGCGCGGGGGGAAAUUAAAACCCCAAGAAAGAAGAUCGGAGGAGAAGAAGGGGGAAGUUGUGGAGGAGAGAGUUACGAAACAAUGGCGCUUGCGGCUUUAGGGAAGUUGAAUCUGGAGGAGGCUCCUCCGAUCUGGGGAUCUCGUAGCGUUGAUUGCUUCGAGAAGAUUAAACUGAUUAGCCAUGGAACUUACGGUGAAGUGUACAUGGCUAAAGAAAUCGAAACUGGUGAAAUCGUGGCUCUCAAAAAGAUCCGUACGAACGAUGAAAGAGAAGGGUUUCCUGUAACAGCGAUGAGGGAGAUCAAGAUCCUGAAGAAGCUACAUCAUCGAAACGUCAUCAAUUUGAAAGAGGUUGUGUAUUCACCAUCUCCAGACAAUGAUGAUCAAAGAGAUGAUAAUAACAAGUACAAGGGUGAAAUCUACAUGGUCUUUGAGUACAUGGAUCAUGACUUGGCUGGACUUGCUUAUCGUCCUGGAACUAGAUUCACAGCUCCUCAGAUCAAGUGUUGCAUGAAGCAACUCCUCACUGGGCUUCACUAUUGUCAUAUGAAGCAUUUGCUUCACCGUGAUAUUAAAGGUUCAAAUCUCCUCAUUGACAAGAAGGGAAACUUAAAGCUGGCGGAUUUUACACUUGCACGGCCUCUGUCACUUGACUUUACUGGAACUUUGACAAACCAGGUCACCACUUUGUGGUAUAGGGCCCCUGAGUUGCUACUUGGUGCUACGGAAUAUGGUCCAGCGGUUGACAUGUGGUCGGUUGCUUGCUUAUUUGCUGAGCUUUUGAAUGGAGAACCAAUCUUUCCUGGAAAAACUGAGAUUGACCAGUUGAAGAAGAUUUAUGAGCUUUGUGGAGCACCUGAUGAAAACAAUUGGCCUGGGGUUUCCGAGAUGCCUUUGUAUGAACGAUUUAAACCAUCACUGCCUCUGAAGAGCCGCGUAAUAGAGACAUACGGACACUUUGAUGCUCAUGCUCUUGAACUACUGGAGUGUAUGUUGGUGCUGGACCCGCCAAAGAGAAUAUCCGCAAAAGAUGCCCUUGAUUCAGAUUACUUUUGGAGUGAGCCGUUACCGUGUGAACCAAAGAGACUACUAGCUUCAUAUAAAUCACCACAUGAGCUCCAGACCAAGAAAAAGCGGAAGUCGAUGCCUCGAAAAACAGCCAGGUUUUGAGGUGCAAGAGAUAGUUGAAGAAGAACAAGAGGAAGGACACUUUGAGAUGUAGAUAGUAGAUUAGUGAGAGAGAUUUCUUGGAGACAAUCUGCGUUGAUGAUGAUGAUGUAUAUAGAGUAUUAAGAUUCGUUUUGUAUGCUGGUGGACAAACGAAACUAAACCGAACUAAUUGGUCCAAUUUAUGAUGAACGAGAAAACUCAAGUCUUGAAUUAACCGGUUUGUUUUCGUUUUAAUAAAAAAACGAUUUGAACCAAUGAAUUAACCCGGAUAAGGCUUAAAACCGUUCGACUGUGAGAGAGGGAGAAACUGGCCGGUGAAAGAUGACGGCUGCGGAAUUGGGGAAGUUGAAUCUGGAGGAGCCUCCUCCAGUUUGUGGUGUCGAUUGCUUCGAGAAGCUAGAACAGAUUGGUGAAGGCAGUUACGGUCAAGUUUACAUGGCUAAAGAAAUCAAAACUGGUGAAAUUGUGGCAUUGAAAAAGAUCCCGUAUGGACAAUGAAAGAGAAGUGAUCAAAUCUCCUUGUCGACAAUGAGGGGAAUUUAAAGCUUGCGGAUUUUGGGCUUGCACGGUCAUAUUCUAAUGAUCAUACUGAAAAUCUUACAAACCGUGUCGUCACACUUAUUGGUUAUUGGUUCGGUUUUCAAAACUUAUUUUGAAAAUAACAGAUUUUUUUUUUGUUUUCGGUUAAUUCCGGUCUAUAUUUCCAGAAAAAAAAAACAGAAUUUUUUUGGUUUUCGGUUUUUCGAUGUUCGUAUCUUGUGUUUGUAUCCUUUCACACGACCAAGCUUUGUAUUUCUCACAACAACACAGCAAACCAAAUUGGAAUUUCAAAAUCUUA